AUGGGCCUCCCCACGCUGGAGUUUAGCGACUCUUUUUUGGACGGUCCAGACUUCCGAGAGCGCCUCAAGUGUCACGAAAUCGAGCUGGAGAGGACCAACAAGUUCAUCAAGGAGCUCAUCAAGGAUGGAAAUCUGCUCAUCGGCGCGCUAAGAAAUCUUUCUGCCGCUGUCCAGAAGUUCUCCCAAUCGCUGCAGGAGUUCCAGUUUGAGUGCCUUGGCGACGCCGAGACUGACGACGAGGUUAACAUAGCCCAGUCUUUUAAGGAGUUCUCCAAGCUGCUCAACACGGUGGAAGAGGAGAGACGUCGCCUGAUUCAAAACGCAGACGACGUCUUGAUCACUCCGUUGGAAAAAUUUCGCAAGGAGCAGAUCGGUGUCGCCAAGGAAGGCAAGAAGAAAUUUGAUAAGGAGACAGAAAAAUAUUACUCCACGCUUGAGAGGCACCUCAACCUGUCGUCCAAAAAGAAAGAAGCUUAUCUUCAAGAGGCUGACACACAUAUGAAUAAAGAGAGGCAACUUUUCUACGACGCGUCACUCGAGUAUGUUUUCAAAAUACAAGAAGUGCAAGAAAAGAAGAAGUUUGAGUUUGUAGAACCGCUCUUGGCUUUUGUGCAAGGCUUGUUUACGUUCUACCACGAGGGAUACGAGCUGGCUCACGAGUUUGAGCCAUACAAGCAGCAGCUCCAGUUCAACCUACAGAAUACGCGCAACAAUUUUGUUAGCACCAAACAGGAAGUGGAGAAGCUGAUGAAAAGAAUCCGGUCGGCAGACCAGGACUACAAAGCUCCAGGCCCGUGGAGCAUGGAAGGAUUUCUGUAUGUACAGGAAAAACGUCCUCUUGGCUGCACGUGGGCUAGACACUAUUGCACGUAUGAAAAAAGCAGCAAGACUUUAACAAUGAGCAACACUGACAACAAGUCAGCCAAUAAGCAGAAUGGUGUCGUUCCCAACCAACAAGAGAUGUUCAAGCUCAAAUCGUGCAUUCGGAGGAAAACUGAUUCCAUCGACAAGCGCUUUUGUUUCGACAUUGAAGUGGUGGAAAGAAACGCCGUCUGCCGCGGAACACUUUUCAGGCCGCUUCGGUUAUUCUAUAAAGUCCGGCAUGGUGUGAUGACGCUGCAGGCGCUGUCCGAGUCUAACAGGAGGCUGUGGCUGGAGGCCAUGGAUGGCAAGGAGCCGAUUUACAACCUACCUGCCAUACUUAGUAAGAGAGAAGAGACAUUCCUCAACGAUGCCGGCUUCAACUUUGUGAGGAAAUGCAUCACCCUGGUGGAGAGCAGAGGCAUAAAUACGAUGGGCCUCUACCGGAUCGGAGGCGUCAACUCCAAAGUACAGAAGCUAAUGGCCACGGUGUUUUCAUCCAAAGCCCCCGCUGACAUGGACCUGGAUCCCGACACGUGGGACAACAAAACUAUCACAAGCGGCCUGAAAAAUUACCUCAGAUGUCUCUCUGAGCCGCUCAUGACCUUCAAGUUGCAUAAAGAAUUCAUCAUGGCUGUCAAAUCAGAUGACCAGAACUACCGAGUAUGCGCCGUCCACUCUUUGGUCCACAAGCUUCCAGAGAGGAACAAGGAGAUGCUGGAGAUGCUCAUUAAACAUCUUGUCGUCGUUUCCGCGCAAAGUCAAUCCAAUAUGAUGACCGUGUCCAACCUGGGCGUCAUCUUCGGGCCCACGCUGAUGCGCUCGCAAGAGGAGACUGUGGCCGCCAUGAUGAACAUCAAGUUCCAGAAUAUCGUGAUGGAAAUUUUGAUUGAAAAUUUUGGAAAAAUCUUCCAUCAACCGCCGGACCCCAACGUGCCGCUGGUGCAACCGCAGAGUCGGCCCGGUUCCCGCAGGAGCAGAGCCAUUUGUCUGUCAAACGGCCCUCGCAAGCCCAGAAGCAUCUAUACGCCCACACUCUGCCUGGCUGAUGCCGAAAGCGACCCGUGCAGCAGCAGUCCAGGCAGCACCCCUUCGGGCAGCCUGGCGUCUUUGUCGUCACACUCUUCUGAACACGACGGACCUCUAAAGCCGGUGACGCCACUCCCCGAAACUGCGUCCCUACGCUCCCGCGGCACCGACUCCGGCUCCAGUCCGGCUGGUCCGACUGACGCAGAAUCGGAAGACGCCCUUAGCGUACCCGCAGUCACCGUCGUCGCCCCCAAAAAGGCCCCCCACCGCCACUUUCUUCAACCCAAACCCCCCGAUCUCACGGCUGCAACCUCGCUCAAGUCUCUACACGUGUCUGAAGGCCAAAGGAAAUACUCAAAAUCCACCCAAAAUCUCUCCACACUGGAUCUCAUCGAUCACCUGAAGCCGGCGGAAAACCCGGAGCUUCCGCCUAAGCUCGUGAUUCGGCGACGGGGUGCGGCGGCAGCAGCUGGAAAUGGAUAUCAAAGACCAGGCUCAGUGGUGGCAGCCAGAGCGAUGCUUUUCGAACACGGCGGUAACCAGCAGAUGAACGCUCUCGGGAGGGAAGCCCAGGCCGUCUACUCGUGCGAGGCCGAGCACAGCCAUGAACUCAGCUUCCCCAAGGGGGCGCACUUCACUAAUGUGUACCCGUCUGUUGAACCAGGAUGGCUGCAAGCGACGUACCACGGAAAAAAGGGUUUAAUCCCUGAAAAUUAUGUUAUUUAUCUGUAA